GCAGUAGGAGGUGGAUAAUUACCCAACAGUGCUCUCCUUGAGACAGUCUCUCCUUGGUAACUCCUCCGGUCCCUCCAGUGUGCCUCAGCUGAGUCCAGGUAGAGAUGAUGGAAACACUGCAGGUCCUCCGAGGUUCACUGCUGCUGCUGCUGGUUGCAGGUGUUUGCACUGAGGGGUACAAGCCGGUCAUCAUCGUCCACGGCCUGUUUGAUGGACCAAAACAGUUCCAAACGUUGUCUCAGUACAUCAGAAAGGUGCAUCCAGGCACUGAAGUGACCACGAUUGACAUCUAUGACGACAAGGCCAGUGUAGCACCACUGUGGGUGCAGGUCGAAGACUUCAGAGAGGAAUUAAUCUCCAUCAUGCAGAAGGCUGAUGAUGGUGUCCAUGUUUUGUGCUUCUCACAAGGUGGUGUCAUUUGUCGAGGUCUUCUCUCCACAAUUCCAAACCACAACGUGCACACCUUCAUUGCACUGUCAUCCCCACUGGCUGGACAAUACGGAGCAACAGAAUAUCUGAAGCGGAUAUUUCCUAAAUAUUUAAAGAAGACAGUGUAUCGUGCUUGCUACAAUCCAGUUGGACAGUUAAUAUCUAUUUGUGACUACUGGAAGGACCCUCACCAUAUACCCCUCUACCUGAAGCACAACAACUUUCUGCCACUGCUUGAUGGUGAAAAACCUCACAAACACAUGGAAGCAUGGAGGAAAAACUUCCUGCGCAUCAAGAAGCUGGUGCUGGUUGGAGGACCAGACGAUGGCAUCAUCACACCGUGGCAGUCCAGCCUCUUUGGAUUCUAUGACAGCAACGAAAAUGUCGUCGAAAUGAGGAACCAGGAGUUUUACAAGAAGGAUAAUUUUGGGCUGAAGACGCUGGACGAUCGUGGCGACAUGUCAGUUUGUGUUCGCGCUGGUGUGAAGCACACAAACUGGCACUCCAACUACACAGUGUUCAGCAGCUGCAUUGAGAAGUGGCUCACAUGAAAACCAGGUGUUGAUAUGAGGUAGAAUCCUACUGAGGAUCAAUGCUGCUCACAGACGCUGUGACGUCUGUUAAUGCAAAAGAAGAAAAGAACAAUCAUUUUAACUGCUGCUUUUAUGAUGCUCAUGAGGCAUAUGGGUUCUGUAAAGCGUCUUGAGACGAUUUGACUGUAAUUGACGCUAUAUAAAUAAAAUUGAAUUGAAUUGAAUUGAAUUGAAUGAUCCCCACCAUGAAGGUCACUUCAGUCAUUUGAAUAAAAUUUUGCUAUUUUUACUGAUAAUGCUCGUUAGCAGACAGUCAUGAUCAUUGUACAGAAACACCAUGAGUUCUACUAAUGUUGAUGCUCGUAGCAUCAUCCAGUCAGUAUUUUAACUUAUCACAGAACUAAUGAUUUGCAAAACAAAGCAGGUUUCUUAAAACUUAGAUUUUUAGUGUAAAUGAAUCGUUUUCGACAUUUGUCACAUUUCAAAUGUGACUGAAAAAAAACACAGAGGAAGAAAAACUUUCCCUGAAUUUCUGCAGCUCUUGCAGUGUUUCUGUAUUUACUCUCACAGCCAGAAGAGGGAGACAAGUUACACACUGCAGGUUUAAAUUUUAGUUUUGAAAUAAUGAAAUACAUUUAGUGUCCAGUAGCAUGUCAAGUUCAUUAGAAGCAGUUGUUAGAUUGAGUGGAGACCUUUUUGUUUUUGCUUUUUCUGAACUAAAAAAAAAAAGUGUUUAUCAAAAGCAAAUGUUCAUAGAAUCAUCCUCAAAUAUUAGUGCAGUAGUCUGAGGUGAAUGUGAGCCAUGCAUGAGGGCGAUGGUCCACCUGUUGCUGCUCUCUGUUGGACGUUUGAGGUAUUUUCUGUGAAUUCAAGCUGAUGCACACAGCCAUAACAAAUGCAACAUGAUGCAGUGUAUUUUGUGUGUAUUAAAGGAUUUUGACAGAAUAUCA